AAGGUCGUCUUGAAUCUUGUCAAGGUUCCGUAAAGUGGAUUUUUCGAAUGUAAUAACUCACGCCUGUUUUAUUUAUUGUUGCCCAUUAUUUUCAUUAUUCAAUGUUAUUAUAUCAAAUUCUCUUACUGAGUCUUCAGCACUAUUUUCAUCCCAUUCUUCCUUCCAGAUUAUUUCAUAAAUUGCUUUUCACACUCCCCUAGCAUACAACUUACAGUCAGACAAGCCACAAACCUACCGUCAAAACAUUGGAUUCUUAUGGCUAGUGAUGUUUCAUCUUUGAGGUUGGAGUUACUCAGUGCCAAGUCCAGACUCUUUAACUACUUACAAAAUCAUCAUAAUUUUCGGCCAGUGCAGAGAGAGUUUCUAGAGUUAGUAUCCGAAUUCGAAAUAUUAAAACUAAAGGCUCAAGAUAUAUAUGGUAUAUCAAGAGAAAAGGUUUGUUAUUAUUGCUCAUAUGAACUGUCUUAUUCAUUAUAAUCUCAAGUUUCUGUUAUGAUGAUAUCACUAGUGAUAUUCAUUCAAGCUUGAAUGAAACAUACGGACUCAAUAUACGAGUACAAAGAGUUUUGUUUCAAACUGUCCUCAUACGAAUCUGAUACUUCUUAGGCUCUGAAAAGUUUGUCAAGAGAAAUUUUAUUGUACAUUGUUUUGAACUUUGCCAAAUGUCUUGAUGACCACUCGAUUUCUCAUAAAAGUUACAUCCGAAAAUAAGUGGAUUUUGUUUCUUAGUUUUUGUCCUUAAGUUCCUACGAUGCACUGCCUUGACUAAUGUUACCUGAGAAGUACUCUCUGCGUUUUCGUUGUUUAUACUCUCUGCUAUUACGUGUAAUCAUAAGCAAGACGAUCUUUAGCUUUGACCCAAAUAUGGAAAGUGUAUACAAAUGUUCCCUGUUCUAGCUCGCGAAAUCCUUAUUGGUACUAAAGGUCUUUUCUAAAAACUAUUAUGCCUCGUCCCAUCGGCCACUUAAACUAGAGGUACUUUAUACUGUUCGUGAUAUUUACUGGUUACCAUGAAGUCGGAUAUAUAAAUGAACUAUGCUGCUAUGCCUUCUAUUUAAAAACACAUUAAGGAGAGCUCAGAAUCUGCUUUUCUUUUAUUUAGGUGAACUAUUGUGUAUUGAGAGAUGAUUGAUAUUUUCAUAACGAGUCUUGAAUCGUGAAAAUUAUUGCAUGCAACACGUAACGAUUUACCUAUGUUUUCGUGUUUAUAUAUAUAAUUCAAUUUGUGUGAGGGUCUGAAUGCUGCCCGAUGACCAACAAUAGGUUUAUAUGCCAUUUGUUCCUUCAGGAUCAUGGAGUCCAUGUGAACCAUUUAUUUAGAAUCAGGAUGCUCAACUCUCAGGCGGAUCCUCCGUGUCCACCAACCAGGUUAAAGCACCGGACACUCGCUUUUCAUCCCAACUUCGUAAACGACACCCCUAUUAGGAGAAAGCAGUGACUAAGACUUUCCUGGCAAAGGCUGUAAAUAUGCGGCAGUGUGAGAGUAUUUGGAGAGGAAGAGCGAGUUCUCCCCACUCUCUGCCAUACCAAGGCAAAUUAUUGUCAAGAGAACACCUACUGAAAUUUAUUAUGUGAUGGGCUCGAUCUUGCAGAUCUGGCAAUCUAAUCUUAGGAUAUCACCCUGUAGUAUUAAGUUCAACAGAUGUAAAUAAAUAUACGAAAAACAGCUAGCAGAUCUGUCGAUAUUUUUUACAUGCUUAUCAUUUUUGCUACCAUAACCGGGCACAUAACUAGACAUAUUGGAAACGAAAUGUCUCUUGUUUUUAAAGGUGAUUGUCUCAAUUUCAAUUAUGUUGAUUGCCUAUCCAUUUGUACCAUUCUGAUCACAAAUGUCAGCAUAAUAAAUAAAAAAUCUAACGAUUUUUGUGCAAAGAGUUAUUUCAAAUUUUUUCAACACUUAAUUUUCCCUCUAAUAUAAUAGUUUUAAGUAGGUGAACCUCAAAAGUUUCGAAACUCUCCACAGUAAAGCAUCGGUUUAGUGGUCAAAGCGUUCGACUUUCAGCCGCUAAGUUGAAGGUCGGAACCCCGUUUCACCUGCCCCGGCUUGGGCAAUCGGGUAUUACUCGAUCUCAUACUUGGAAUAUGGCUCACUUAAUGAAGGAAUUUAUUUAUCUUCUAUAUUCUUAGGCUCUUUCUUUAUAUUAAAAACUUACCUCAGUCUGCAUCAGGGACUAUUUUUCAUGUCGAAAAUUCCUUCGACUGGGUAAUAUUUUUUGCUUCGAAGUGGCUCUGUUGAGAAACUAACCCAAGUAUUGAGAUAAUGCAUUACGGAAGUAUUCCACCAAAUUUUCUUCGAUAUCAUUCUUUUUAAAACUUAGUUUUUUUUAUUUGUAUAUGUACACCACCAUGGUGGUGUUCUUUGAUCAGUUAUUUACACAUUUGGAUGUCGUUUAUAUUCAGUGGACCGGUGGCUCAACGGUUAUCGUGUUUGAAUUUGAGCCACUAAAGUGCAGAUCUGACCUUCAUUCUACCUUUAUCGGUUUGGAUGACUGGGGAGUUUCAAUAACCAGCAUACAUGAAAUGUAGCUCAAAGCCGAGUGCACGUAUCUGUACUUGGUAAUUCAGUUAAUAAUAAUAUCUUUCGUUUCGAAAAGUUAGUUGAAUCUGUUUGCGGUAUUCACCAGUUAUUAUUAAGGGUGAAUCGCCAGCUUCUUUCGGAAAAUAAUAUUUACUUACUUACACCUGUUACUCCUAAUGGAGCGUUGGCCGCCGACCUGUACUCUCCAACCCACUCCGUCCCGGGCCUUCUUUUCUAGUUCCAUCCAAUUCUUGUUCAUUUUUCUCAUGUCUAUCUCCAUUUCCGGGAGUAAUGUGUUCUUGGGUCUUCCUCUCCUCCUUCGACCUUGAGGAUUCCAUGUGAGGACCUGUCUUGUGACGCAGUUGGGUGCUUUCCUCAAUGUGUGUCCUAUCCACUGGGAUCUGAUUUGUUCUCUCCCACAGUAGGUUGUUGCUGAUAGUGUCCGGCCAACGGAUCCGAAGUAUUUUGCGUGAACAACUGUUAAUAAACACCUGUAUCUUCUGGAUGAUGGCUUUCGUAGUUUUCCAGGUUUCGGCCCCAUACAGUAGAACUGUUUUGACAUUUGUAUUGAAAAUCCUGACUUUGGUGUUGGUUGACAGACAGUUGUUUUGAGUUCCAGAUGUUGUUCAGUUGUAAAUAUGCUGCUCUUGCUUUUCCGAUCCGUGCUUUCAUAUCUGUAUCAGAUCCACCGUGUUCAUCGAUGAUACUGCCCGCCUAGAGUCCCUCCGGGGGCUACUGCCAGUCCCAAGCCCGAAUAAAGGAGGAGGGUUGGGCAUGGGGUUAGCGACCCCAUUCCGUAGAAAACUAACUCGCUAAAAAACACUAACCAGAAAAUAUUACUAGUAAAUAAAAUAUUUUCGUGUUUAUCUAGGCAAACUAAUCUGAAUCAUGUAAAUUGAGCCAGAAUUAUGAGUUCCACAGACUGACGUGCUUAAUUUGCUUGCGAAUGUAUUACUCUAUUCCCAGUUAUUUCUGUGCGCUUUCAUAAUAGAUAACUGCAGGAGCUCUCUUAUCAUUACCGCUAGCUUUUAACUGUAUAUGAGACAAUUUUUCUUCAGGUUAUACCUCAAUUAAAGUCCGUUCAUUUUGAUUCAACUGAGGGAGACAAUCGAGUAUCUUCAGUGUCUAAUAUACACCAAAAUGCAGUUUCGCAACUCCAGGAACUUUUGGAUAUGCAUGACAACUGUUCCUAUCUCCUAGAACUGCACCAGACCAUAAAUAACUUCGAGUCUUCAGUCAAUCAACUGUUAUACCAAUGUUCACGUUGUUCGGUCGUUGAUGAGAAAAAGAAGUGGGAAGACACAGUUGUAAAAUCCCCCGAAGACUCAGAGAUUGAUUUAGAACUCGGUGAUAAAUAUGUGGACAUAGAUGAAGAAACCUAUCGUUUAUGUGUUGAUACUGUGAUAACAUCACUUGAAGAAUCUGAACAUUUAUUUGCGAAACAUAAAAAGUUUAGUAAAGAUGUAGUACUUGUCUUUCAAAGUUGUCAACAAACAUUUAUACGUUGCAAGAACCGUCUUACUCAACAUGUUGACGAUCUUUGGCGUCGAUGGAUCAUUCUAGAAGUUCCUUCAAAACAUCAGAAUGUAUCUUCAAAGUUCAAUGUUAAUAAUAUAUAUCCUUCUAUUCGUGGACAACUUCAGCCGAAUGAUUUUUUCAGCUUUUUAUUUGAUGCUUGUAUACCAUCACCUACUGAUAUGUGUAAAUCUUUAAGACAGCCGAGUUAUGCAUGCGAUUCCGUCUUUUAUGGAGUUUCUGAUCAUGAUGUGCCGACUACUCAAUCAUACAGAGAAUCCACCAUUUUAGCUAGUCUCAAAAUAUUGGCUAAACCUGGAUUAAUUUCUCAGUUGUUACGUAUUAUUGAAGCUUUAAAAGAGUCUAAGAGUCGUAUACUUGAAUUGGCUAAUCAAAUUUGGACGUAUAUAUUUAAACCUUGGCUUAAAAAAGUACCAUGUGUGUCAGGACCAAAUGUCGGCUGGGGGAAAUUAAAGUGUCAAAUAAUUGAAAAAUCUGUAAACAUAGAAUCAGAUCAUGAAUUAUUUAUCAAAGAAAUAGGUCCAGAAACAACCGAUAAUGAUGAUGUUCAUUUGACUCGAUAUUUACGUUUAACAUUAGUUGCUCCAAAUACUCCUCCUCCUCCUCCUCCUACUACUACUACUACAAAUCCUAAUGAAAAUAAUAAUAAUCAUGAUGACGACGAGGAGGAAGAUAAUGAUGAUGAUUUAAUCUCUAGUUCAUGUAAUCAAUUAACUAAAGUAUUUCAAGAGUUAUAUACUUAUUUAUUUGGUUUACAAGCAAUUCAAUCAGAUAGUAAACGUUUUAUUGAUAUAAUUAUAAAUAAUAAUAUUGAUGGUGAUUCAGGAAUGUUUAAUAAUGAAUUAGUUAAAGAUUUAAUUGAUGGACGUUUUAGUGCUGGUUUACCAUCAGUUGAAAAAUUACAUAAAUCCGAGAUAAUUGCAAUAUUAACACAAGUUGUUCUAAGAUUAAUUAGUGUUGGUCGAAAUACUGGAUUUUUAACAGAUGAUAUUAAACAUAAUUCGUCUAAUCACCUUCAUAAUGAUAAUGAUAAUGAUGAUGAUGAUGACAACAAUAAUGAUAAGACUGAUUCAUCUAAUGUAUCAGUUGUUGGCGGUGCAACAAAAUUAAAUCUUUGGAUUGAUAGUCUUUCUAUAUUAAAGCAUAAACGAUCAGCUAAUGCAAUAUUAGAAGAACUACGUGAAUUAUUGGCUGAUCGUAAAUUAUUUUAUUCAAUGUGUUCAGCUAAUAGUUUAGAAAAAGUAUGUGAAAAAGGCCCUGCAACCACAACGACUAAUUUUGCUACAAAACAUAAUAAUACUGAUGAAGGUAUUUAUGACGAGGAUGACUUAAUACUGGAUGAUUGUAUCGAGAAUGAUACCAUUGAAUUGGAAUAUUCAGAUAAAACUAAUAAGAAUGAUCAAAUUCUAUUGAAACUAUUAAAAUCCAAAGGUAAUUUGGACAAUAUUUCACGGCAUUUAGAUCUAGGACAAUUUGAUUUCCCUGAUUGUAUGGUUUCUGAAACUGUAGGUCUUGUUAUGAAACAAAUUUAUAAAAUAAUUCAUGAUUGUGAAGCUUAUCUUGAACCAAUUAUAAAUGAAGUUAGUCAAUCAUUAAAUGAUACUCCAAGUACAUUGGAUUCAAAAAAACUUAACACUAUUGCAUUUGUUGAAUUUAUCAUAACAUUAAUUCCUCGACUUAUAAUGCUAUUCACAUCACUUGUACCGACUUUACAUGCGGAUGUAUUUCAAGGGGAUUUACGUUUUGCUGUUCUCUACUACAAUGAUUGUAUGUAUUUAGCUCAUGAAUGUUUAACAUUAAGUGAACGUAGUCUUUAUAAAUUUGUUCAACAGUUUUUAGAUUUAGGUUAUGAUAUAAUGACUAAUACAUUGAACAAUACCAAUAAUACAUCAAAUGAAUCAAAUAAAAUUAAUCAUUUAAGUGUAUUAGAGAGAUCAGCUUCUUUAAGCACAUGUAUUUUGGUACCACAUUUACGUCAAUCUGGUGUUAAUAAUUUAUUAGAUCAUUUAAGACGUGAAAGACAAUUUUUAUUACAAUGUGUUGAAAGAAUUCAAGGAUUUCAUAAUGUCAGUUCUUCAAUUGGUAAUCGUCAUUGUACUACUGCUAUAGAAGAUUGUUGUCAUCAAUUGCAUAAAAUUUCAGAAGCACUCAGUCCACUUCCUCGUACAGUUUAUUUUCGUGCUAUGGGGAUCAUGUGUAAUUGUGUAUGUACGGAAUUAGUAAAAACUAUCUUGAAGUUAAUCGAUAUCACGAAAUCCGAUUGUGAUAACAUUCUGAUCUUGUUGGAGUCUAUCAAAAACACUAUCAUGGAAUUUUUCAAACCUUCUGAAGUCGUACAUCAGCCGCCGACAAAAGAACCAAUAAUUAAAUCACAGCAUAAUUACAAUACUGAUGAAUUAUUAACACGUCGUUGUCCAGAUUUUCAUCGUUUACAAGGUAUUAUAUCAGUAUUAUCUGCAUCAUCAUUAGCUGAAAUUCGUGAUAUAUUAUGGAAUGAUGGUAAUGGACCAUUAACUGUUGAAGCUCAUUUAACAACAUCUGAAUUACGUUGUUUAAUCAAAGCUUUAUAUAGUAGUUCAUCAUUUCGUGAUGAAUUAUUACAAAUAUUACGUUAAUAUUAUUAAUGAAAUUUAAUGUGUUCUUCCCUAUUCCACCCUCACCUUAUUCCCCCCCCCACUCGACCUCUGAUUGUAUUUUUGUUUUCAUUUGAUGUUCUGUUUCUUUGUAAUAAGAUUUUCUUAUUUUUCCUUUGUUUUUUUUUUUUUUUUUUGGUUUUUGAUAAAUCAAUAAUAACAAGUGUAUGUAAGUGGGUUUAUAUUUUAAAUAAGAACUUUCGUC